AUGAAUGGCGACAACUUGGCCUCUGUACCCAGUAAAGCUAACUUUGGUAUUGUAGCCAUGCAGCCCUCUGCAACGCGGCGGUCUAUCGCUCUCGAUAGAGGCGUUUUCUUGCCAGCGGACAUGCCGGAGCAAAAGCCGACGAUAGCACAGGAGUCAGCAGAGAUAGCUAAUCGGAGAGAAUCAUGUUCUAACCAGUUUUUGAAGCGGUACAUUGUCGCCAUGCUCAUCUUUGAAAAGUACGUCAUAGUUAUUUUGGCACUGUUGUUAGCUAUAUUCAUUUUGACGUCCCUUAUAGAGUGCGGGUACUCCCUGUAUAACAGCUUUGCAACACCGCCAAAUCUCAUAUUUGGGACAUCCCAGUAUGGAAGCCUUUUUAGUUCAUUCUUUUAUGUCCUCAUUGGACUUGAGCUGAUGCAGAGCGUGGCUGUGCACAUAGAAACAUCAGAUGCUCAUGUAGAAAUAAUCAUUUUAGUCGCGAUAACUGCGGUCGCACGGAAGAUAAUCAUCCUUGACUCCGAUAAAGCUACAUUUGAAAAAAUGGCCGGAAUUUCUCUUGUAACAGGAAUUUUGGGAUUGACAUUUUUCUUAGUUAAGAUGGGGAAGCGAAAUGUCCAGCAAGUUCUAAUAGCCGCGGACGAGGAGAGCGCAGAGGGGAAAGCCCAUUAA